AUGGUGGACGAGACACGAGACGGAGACGGUGGCAGCAUCAUCGCUAGACACAGCUCCGAUUCUCCCCCAGACACCAAACCAGUCGACGAAACAGUGGAAGGUGUUGAUAUCAUCAGCUGUAUGCCGCAUGAGAUCAUCCACCAUAUCCUCUCGUUUAUUCCAACUCAGUACGGGAUCAGAACUUCCGCCUUGUCCAAAGCAUGGAGGCAUGUUUGGUGCCACACACCUUGUCUCGACUUUGAUUGUUUCAACAAAUAUGGACAUUGGUUGUAUCUGGUCUUGGAUGGUUCUCUAUGUUGCACCGAGACGGAUACGGGGACAGAAAUGGGGACGGAAUCGGGGACGGGAAACGGGAAAACUAAAAAUGUAAAGAUACGGAGAAACGUCACGGAAACGUUUCCUUGCCGUCCCGGCCGUGUCCCCGUCUCGGAAACUUCAUCCUUAGAGAAGCUCAGCGUGAAUUUUGAUAUGAUUCCGGAAUGCACAGUGUCUUGGAAAUCUCUAAGGAAGUUGGCAUUGAGGAGCUGUAAUCUCAAUGAUGAAUCUAUUGAUAAUAUUCUCUCUGGCUCUCCAAUGCUUGAAACCUUGAGACUGAUUUACUGUACUGGACCUCAGCGUCUUGAUCUGAGGCAUAUGGAUAUUGAUCGGAACGAUGAUCAAAGGCUAGACGAGAUUGUAGCGCCUCACAUCAAUUAUCUGAAGUUGAAAAGUUCUUAUAAACCAUUGACUUUAGUCGAUGUCUCUUGUUUGAUGGAAGCUAAUCUUGACAUCUUCAGGAGACAUUCAUCUUCCUGGCAAUUUAACACUCCUUUCAGAGAGAAAGCUGAUUUUCUUCAAACAGGGGUCUUAAAGAUGCUAGCAAAAUUACAAAACGCAGAAAGGCUUUCUUUUGGGGGUUCCCUUCUUCAGAUUCUGUCUCUCGCUGAGCUCCGUGGUGUUUCUUUCCCUACGUUCAAGGUCCAAACAUUGACGCUUAAAACCAGGUUUGCAAAAUCUUCUGUUCCUGGUAUAACAAGGUUACUACAUAACUCACCUGGAUUAAAGAAGCUAAUAGCAGAUUGGUAUCUGGACAACUAUUUGGAGUCACAAGGCUUGAAUCCAGAUCAAUGUUGGAGAUCAAAAUAUGAUGUGUUUCCUACCUCAGAUGAGUCUGAUGAUAUGAUUGUACGUAAUGAGGAAUCAUCGUGGGAACUCGUGGUGUCGUUCGUUGAAAUGAUGCUGAGAAAUGUAACGACACUAGAGAUGUUGGUGGUAGGGUUGAAACAUAUUGACCGGAGUUUUAAUGAUUCAAACUUGUUAGAAGAUUUGCUUCAGAUGCUUCCUAACAACAAUUAUGUCUCCAUCGUGCUCAAACGCUAA